GAAAAAGUAGAGAGAAAAUGAUCGCUGAUUGAUGAUAAAGGGAAAAAUAAAAAUAGAGAAAGAAAAAGAAGGGUAAAGGAGCUCUAGAUUUAUAAGGGUAUGCGCAGAAAGUGAAAGAGUAACACAAAAAGCAGGGAAAGACCAGGGAAAAUCAAAGGAAAAGAAAGAGGAGGAUUGUUACAAUCGUGAGCUGCUGCUAUCAAGAUGUUCAAGAUAAAGAGUCUACCGGCAGAAAGGGGCAAAGGCGACAUGGCUUGGGAUGAGAAGGGCCAUAGUGAAAUCUCCCAAAUUUUUAUUUCUCUAGAUAGAGAUUAUUUUAGUUGCAUUCAAUUUCAGUAUUUUGAAAAUGGGUCUUUGGUGCUUUCUCCUCCAUAUGGCGCAUAUGAUGGUCAUGGCCCCACUCUUUACACUGUUCAAUUUAAUUACCCAUCAGAGUUCCUCACAAGGGUGAGUGGUAAAUACACCUAUGAUCAUCUCAGGUCAAUAACAUUUACUACCAACAAAGGGACUUAUGGGCCAUAUGGUGGGAAUAAUGCUAGACAUGGAUUAGAGUUAUUUGAGUUCAACUUUAACAUGGGAGAGAAUAAGCAAUUUGGCGGGUUUCAUGGAUUAUACCAUUCGAGAGCGCUCAGGUCAAUUGGAGUAUAUAUCAACCCCAGCGCCACAACACAGACUUCACCGGGGGAAAUCUCAGAGUCCAAAGCGGAUGUUGUCAAGCUCUGGACUUGAGAACAACCAAAAUUCAGCUGUAGUUGUUAUAAUGUUAAUCUAUUGAAGAAAAUUAUCAAAAUCUUGGAUUAAUUAGUAUGAUACUAUAGCCUAGUAGUGGCCUUUGAUAGUUUGAUGUAUACACUUGUCUGGAAUUGCACGUUCCUUACUGAAUAUCUAGCCUAUUUAGGCCUAGUUUGGUUAAA